AUGGCCACUACGACGAUGGUAGUUUCGCCGUUGGCCUCUCAAACACCACCUAAGAACAAGCGUCGCCUCUUCGCUGAAGCAAGACAGAACAGUUUGCAUAAGCUCAGUGUCAUAUUUGACCACGGGAAUAAAAAUGAUGGCGCUUACACAGAAAAAGUAGGUGAUGAUAAAUUGCGCGCUCUCCGUAUUUCUGCCGCCCACUUCUGA